ACCAAAUCUCAAUCUCUUCUUCCAAACAUGCUCCUCCUCCUCCUCUCCCUCCUCUCCACCACCGACCUUUCCUCUGCUACAAUCCACUACCCAUCCUACCCCUGCAAGCCCCCUCACUUCAACUCCUUCCCCUUCUGCAACACCACCUUGCCUCCCUCCCUUCGCGCCAAAUCGCUAAUCUCCCACCUCACCCUCCAUGAAAAAAUACAGCAGCUCGUCAACACUGCCGCCGGAGUACCUCGCCUCGGCCUUCCUCCGUACGAGUGGUGGUCGGAAUCCCUUCAUGGGAUUAACGACAAUGGCCCCGGUGUUCACUUCGACGGAACCAUUCAUGCUUCCACCGUUUUCCCGCAAGUAAUCCUCUCCGCCGCUUCCGUUAACCGCACUCUCUGGAGAGCCAUCGCUCGCGCCGUCGCGGUUGAGGGCCGCGCUAUGCAUAAUUCCGGCCAAGCAGGGCUGACCUUUUGGGCGCCCAACAUAAACAUCUUCCGGGAUCCAAGAUGGGGGCGGGGGCAAGAGACGCCUGGAGAGGAUCCGCUCGUCAGCUCCCAUUACGCCAUUGCUUAUGUCUCCGCAUUCCAGUCUGGAACCGAUUCCCUGUUCCUUUCUGCUUGCUGUAAGCACUAUACGGCUUACGAUUUGGAGAAAUGGAUGGGAUUUAAGAGGUAUACUUUUGAUGCCAAUGUUACAGAGCAGGACAUGAAGGAUACGUUUCAGCCGCCGUUCAGGAGCUGUGUUGAGGAAGGUAAAGCCAGUUGUUUGAUGUGUUCGUAUAAUCGAGUUAAUGGCGUGCCGGCUUGCGCGCGCAAGGAUUUGAUUGAUGAGGCUAGGGAAGAUUGGGGAUUCAAAGGAUAUGUGACCUCAGACUGCGAUGCGGUAUCUAUAAUUUAUGAGGAGCAGAAGUAUGCUUCGUCUCCGGAAGAUGCAGUUGCUGCUGUUCUGAAAGCUGGGAUGGAUAUCAAUUGUGGCAAUUACUUGCUAAAUCACACUGCAUCUGCUGUGAAGCUUGGGAAGGUGACCGAAGAGGACAUCAACCGUGCUCUCACCAAUCUCUUCAUGGUUCAGCUUAGGCUCGGGCUUUAUAAUGGUGACCCAACGAGGCAGCCUAAUGGGCUCCUAGGACCUAGAAAUGUAUGCACCAAAGAGCACAGAGAGAUAGCUUUGGAAGCGGCAAGACAAGGUUUUGUUCUUCUGAAGAAUGAAAAUGGAUUCCUUCCUCUUAAAAGGAACAAAGUCUCUUCGUUGGCCCUAAUUGGACCUGCAGGAGACAAGACUAACAUAUUAGGUGGUGACUAUAGUGGGGUUCCCUGUAAUCCUGUAAGCAUACUUCAUGGCCUGAGGGAUUAUGUGCCAAGCACUUCUUAUGCUUCAGGAUGUCCCAACACCUCUUGCUUAGUUGAUGAUGAUUUCCAGGAAGCUGUUCGAAUUGCACAAAUAGCUGAUGUAGUGGUUGUAGUUGCUGGACUGAACCUUACUGAAGAAACUGAGGAACUUGAUAGAGUGAGCUUACUGCUACCAGGGAAGCAGAAGGAUCUGAUAAAUGCUGUUUCUUCUGUAAGCAUGAAGCCAGUGAUACUGGUGCUCAUGGGAGGAGGGCCUAUUGAUGUUUCCUUUGCAAAAGAUGAUCCAAAGAUUGCCAGCAUUUUCUGGAUAGGUUAUCCUGGUGAAGUCGGUGGCCAGGUUCUUGCAGAGGCUAUCUUUGGAGAAUUCAACCCUGGUGGUUAUUCAAUGAUGACAUGGUACCCAGAAUCCUUCACCGCUGUGCCUAUGACUGAUAUGCGCAUGAGGCCUGAUCCUUCAAGCGGUUAUCCCGGCCGAACCCAUCGAUUUUACACUGGAGAAACUGUUUAUGACUUCGCUUCUGGCUUGAGCUACACCACUUAUUCCUACAAAUUCAUAUCAGCACCAAAUGAGUUGCAGUUGCUUGGAAACUCUUAUGCUGCUCAGAAGAAGAUGGAAUUAAGACAUGAGACAGAUGAAAACGUUCAUUACCUGCACGUUGAUGAGAAUAUAGCUUGUGAGACUUUGAAGUUUGUUGUAAAGAUUGCAGUAAUGAACAAUGGUGGUAUGGAUGGAAGCCAUCCUGUACUGUUGUUUUCACGAUUGGGGAUGAAGAUUAAAGGAGCGCCAAUAAGGCAGUUGGUUGGAUUUGACAGAGUGUUCAGUGCUGCUCAUAAAACUGCUGAGGUUGAUAUAUCAGUGGAUGUUUGCAAGGAUUUGAGCACAGUGGAUGAGAGUGGAAAGAGGAUAUUGGUAUUGGGCACUCACGUUCUGAUGCUGAAAGAUAUAGAACAUGAGUUGUUGAUCAAGGCUUGAGGAAGUAGUAUAUGA